CAAGCUCCACGUGACCGUUUUUGCCGCGCAUUGCAGAGCGUCAGAUUUGAUUCGAGUUAGAAGAACGUUUGCAAUUUGGCACAAAACGCUGUUUCUAGUUGCAGUUUUGAUAAUACUAAAAGUUCCAAAAUGGAUGGACUUCAUGACCUGUUCGCACAAACCAUCAAAAGAGCUUUGCCAAGGCUCACUGAUGCAGAUGAUGACAUCAACAAUAUUGUUGACAAUUUGGUUAACACUGUGGGCAUCAACACUCUUGAAUUGACUGUUCAUGUCAGGGAGGAGGAUUUUACCAACAUUGUGCUUCCUGUUGAGGCACGAAUCCUCAAAGCUGCCUUCGCAGUCCUCAAUGUCACAGGAAGGGAUCGUCAGGAUGAUGACAAUGGUGGUGCUGACAGGGUCAAUCGAGAUCUGAAUGCGGAAGCCAAUGCCAAUGCCGGAGAUGCCCAAGGAAGACGACCUAGAAGAAGAAACCACAACUUCGUCAUUGAUUGGAGGGAUAUUUAUAAUAUUGAUGACAAGAUCAAAACAAGACUACAGCGGGGGAAAAAGAUCAGGAAAAAACAAAGAAAAAGUUUAGUAUCAAGAAUUGUGACCCAAGUGCGAAAUAGAGUUCCACAUGCAACAAGACAAACCUUUGUGGACGUAAUGGAAGAUAUGAAGGCAAAGUACGAGGGUUCUUUCAAGCAUGAGUUGGCAAAUGGAGCAGUAGGAAAAACAAGCAUAACAGCAUCUAUGCAAAGCAAGUUUGACAAUGAUAGAAGGCCCCCACCAAGAACAAAAACAGAAACUGAAGCGCCAAAUAUCAAAGCCGCAUAUGGCUGUAGAAAAUGGAGAGUAUCUCGCUUACCAGAUGGAGAGACGCCAGACACACAAGAGGAAAAAAGAAUGGAGCUAGUUCGUAUUUUUACCACAGAAAGACCAAGAGCUUGGAACUGGGAAAAUAUCAACAAUCUUAUUGAUGACACAUAUGCAACUCAGCGCAUGGAAAUCAACAGACAAGCUGAACUGAUAGAGAAGGACAAGAAAGCACGCGCCAAAGCUAAGAGACUAGGAAAAGAAUAUGAAAGCGUUGUUAAUGGCGAUGACCCUGCUUACACUACAGCCAGCCUAAGAGAUAGAUGGCCAUUUUUAUUUACUGCAAAUGGUAUGAAACAUCAUUUUGAUUUUUUAACUUCCAACCACAUGGAUGCUCAAAUUGCUAAUUUUGUUGAAGAAAAGCUAGAUGAUAUGCUAGAGUUUUUAAUGGAAAAAAAAGGAGCAAGAACAAAAAAAUAA